AUGUCGUUGGAGUCCACAACAGACCUGAUGUAUGAAACUGCUGCGGAGAUUACUCCAGAGAAUCACUCUCCUGUCCCUGAACCAGCAGUGAUAGCCUCACCUAAGGGUACUUCCGAGUCCCUCGAGGCCAAGAAUUCUUCACAGGCACUUACUGCAGAGUCUGUCUACAAUAGCAUUGCUUCCUCUGCCACUGGAACCCCCACAGAAUUAACUCCUGUAUCUUUUGCUCCUGGCCCUAAGCAGAUAAAGACAGGCCUUAAAACAAGCACCUCAAAGAUGUUGGAGACAGAACGCACUCCAAAGGCUGCGACUGCAGAGUCCAUCCACAACAGCAUCAUUUCAUCUCGUGCUGAGAUAUGUGCACAGGAGACCAUUUUAAGCUGUACUGCUGCCUCUGAAUCAAGAAAGUCAGAAUUCCAAAACAGGUACCUACAAGUUCAUGGAGACAAGGCGCAUUCGGAAGGUGACGGCUUCAGAGUUUGUCUACAACAGCAUCAUUUCCUCUGCUGCUGGAACAGUUGCAGAGGGAAACUAUGUAAGCUCUACUUCUGUCCCAGAGCCAACAAAGAUACGUUUCCCAACAGGUGCCUCAAAGCGCUUAGUGACAAAGUGUUCCCCGAAAACCAUGACUGCUCUGUCUGUCGACAGCAACAUUGUUUCUUCUGCUGCUGGGAAAGAAGAAGAGGUGACUCCUGGAAGCUCUACACCAGUCCCUGGCCUGACAAAGACAGGCUCCCUCAAAGGUUUUGGAUAACUGGCACCUCAAAGGUUUUGGAUAGCAAGCACUUUCCACAGACUGCAACUGUGGAGUCUGACCAUAACAGUGCCAUUCCCUCUGCUGCUGGAACAGCCACUGAGGUGACAUCUGUAACCUCCACUACUGUCACUACUGUCCUUGAACUGCUAAAGAUGAGCGCCUCUACAGGCACCUCAAAGGUUCUGGAUAUCAAGCGCACCCCACAGGCUGCUUUUGUGGAGUCGGUCAAUAAUAGCAUUAUUUCCUCUGCUGCUGGAACAGCCACAGAGCUGCAGAAUCCCACUAUGAGCUCUGCUACUGUCCUUGAACUGCCAAAGACAGGCAUUUCAUCAAGCACCUCAAUGAUUUUGGAUAGCAUGCACACUCCAGACUACUAUUGUUGAGUCUGUCAACAACGGCAUCAUUUCCACUGCUUCAGAAAGAACUGCAGGGGUGCCUCCUGUAAGUUCCACUUCCAUCCCAGAGCAAACAAAGACUAGCUUCCUAACUGGCACCACCUCAAAAUUCGUGGAGACCAAGCAGAUCCCAAAGCCUACGACUGUAGAGUCUGCCGAGAAUGAUACUUUGUCUGCUACUAGAAUGACUGUAGAGGUGAUUCCAGCAUGCUCUGCUCCUGUGCCUAAGCCAGCAAAGACAGACUUACCUGCAGCCACUUCAAUGACUUUAGAGAUCAAGGGCCUUCCUAAAGGAACAACCACAGAGUCCCUCUAUGAGAGCAUUUCCUCCUUCACUUCUGUCGAUGAUGUCAGCGUCACUGUGGGAGAUGAAGUACAAGGCAAAAUAAUAGUCGGACAGUUCUACAGGGGGGAUACCUGCAGCAGCUGUCAAGGAGGAGCCCAUGGAGACAGAAGAAUCCGAAGAAACCAAGAAAGAUGAAGCAGAGUCCGAAGACUAGGAGAUGAUUCGGGACCCCGCCUUCCUCCUGUAUGUCCUCGAAAACCUCCCUGGCGUGGACCCCUAGAGUGAGACUGUCCACAACACAAAACACUUGGAGAGCUCACCAAGGGAGACGCGGCCAAGAAGGAUAAGGGUGCCCAAGAUAAGGGCAAGUCAAGCAAGGAUAAGCAGUAGCCUGCACUGUCUGCUUGACUUGGCCCUGCCUUUCUGCAGCCAACGUCCUUUUUUUCUACCACUAGCGGUUUAAGACAACACAAACUAAAAUAAUAAAGGCAUGCUUCCCGUUAUUUGCGGGAUGUGCAGUUGUCAUCCUACAAA